CCUCUCGAAGCCCACGAGCCCACAACAUAGCCGUCAUAACGCAUUCGUCUUCCUCGCUUCCUCUCCAGGCUGAACCCUCGCGUCCCGAGUUGCGCCGCCCACUCCACUCGCCGACGUUCCUGCCUCCUUUGAUCGGCUUUCAGGUUUCCUUCACAAUGUUCGUAUCCAGGAUUGUCCGUCGAGCUUUUGGCGCCGCUGCCAGAUCGAAGUCUUAUUCAACUUCCUCCGAAGCUUCUGAUUCCGCCGCCGCUGCGGUUUCUGCUAAGAGAACGCUGAAUCCUCUUGAGGAGUUCUUCGAGCCGGACAGGAGCGCAGAUGAAGAGAAGCCUGUUACCUACGGUCGUGGUUGGAAGGCUUCUGAGUUACGUCUCAAAUCAUGGGAUGAUCUUCACAAGCUGUGGUAUGUCUUUUUGAAGGAAAAGAACAUGCUUAUGACUCAACGGCAAAUGCUUCAUACUCAGAAUCUUCGUUUCCCGCAUCCAGAACGAAUUCAAAAGGUAAGGAAGUCAAUGUGUCGUCUAAAGCAUGUGCUGACCGAAAGAGCAAUCGCUGAACCUGAUCCAAGGAGAUCUGCAGAAAUGAAGAGAAUGAUCAAUGCUAUGUGAUGCUGGCCAAUUUCCUUCCAAGCUCAUGUAUCCUACUCUUGCAUGAGAUGAAAUGCACCUCUAACAUUUCGAUCUGGAUGCUCAGAGAAUUACAUUCUGUAGAGCCUCAUGUUGGCUAAGACUUAUCUUUGGAUUUUUGUGUUUUGUUUAUCCCUAAUUUACAGUGGCAGACUGUGGGAAUGUGUUGUGAUUGUUGAAUAAUUGCUGAUAUAUUAGGAAGACUUUCCAUC